UUGAACAUUUCAAGCUUAACUCGAACUUCAGCUUUCUCGCGAAAAAAUGAGUCAAAUCUUCCAAAUUCUUGUGAUCUUCGCCAUUUUGUCAGCAUUGCAAGUGAAUGGAUUCCUCUUUCCAACUUAUUCGUCAGGAUAUGACUACGAUUGUUAUGGAUACGGUAACAAUGGUUACGGUAAUGGUGGAUACGGCUAUGGAAAUGGUGGCGGAUACUAUGGAGGAUACAAUGGAUACUAAAUAAAAUAAAUGAAUACUUUUUGACGGAUUUUUCAUUGAAAAUUUAUUUAAUAAAUGUUAAGCAU